AUGAUAGCAGCAUGGGUGAACUCGCUUUCUAUGGGCAUGGUCUUCUUCUGUUCUCCAGUAGUCAGCAUAUUCACAGACCUGUUUGGUUGUCGAAAAGUAGCUGUUAUUGGAGCUGCAGUAGGAUUUGUUGGACUCCUUUCAAGUUCUUUUGUAAGCACCAUUGAACCUCUAUAUUUCACCUAUGGAAUCUUAUUUGCCUGUGGCUGCUCAUUUGCGUACCAGCCAUCCCUGGUCAUUCUCGGGCACUAUUUCAAGAAACGCCUUGGACUAGUGAAUGGCAUCGUCACUGCAGGCAGCAGCUUGUUCACUGUGUCACUGCCUUUCCUCUUGAGAGUUUUGCUCUAUUCUGUUGGCCUAUACAACACCUUGCGGGUCCUGUCCAUCCUUAUAUUUAUUCUGUUCCUGGCUGGCUUUACGUACAAACCCCUUGUUUGCAAUGCCAAAGACAAGGAGGGAGGAAAGAAGGGCAAGUUCAGAUUUCCUCCUGGAAAAAAUAUUUGCAAUUUCUCCGUUUUCAAAGUUCUCAGUUACCGAAUUUGGGCUUUUGGUAUUCCAGCUGCACUUUUUGGAUACUUUGUGCCUUAUGUUCACUUGAUGAAGCACGUAAAAGACAGAUUUGGUGACAGCAUGCCAGAAGAAGUGCUGCUGCUGUGUCUGGGCAUUACUUCAGGAGUUGGCAGACUGGUGUUCGGCAGAGUUGCAGAUUAUAUUCCUGGUGCAAAAAAAGUUUAUUUACAGGUGGCCUCAUUCUUCUUCAUUGGCCUGAUGUCCAUGAUGAUUCCACUGUGCCACGUCUUUGGAGGUCUCAUCGCUGUCUGUCUCUUCAUGGGCCUGUUUGAUGGGUGCUUCAUUUGCAUUAUGGCUCCUAUUGCCUUUGAGCUUGUUGGGGCUCAGGAUGUCUCCCAGGCCAUCGGGUUCCUGCUAGGACUCAUGUCAAUACCUAUGACAGUUGGUCCACCCAUUGCAGGUUUGCUGCGCGAUCGCCUCGGCACCUAUGAUGUAGCAUUCUACCUGGCCGGAGUCCCUCCCCUCAUUGGCGGUGCUAUAUUGUGUUUCAUCCCCUGGGUCCACGAACGGCAGAAGUUAAAAGAAAGAGCAAAACCUGUUGAUGGAGAAACUACUGAGAAAAUGCUGGAAAAAGAAAGCACUUUGUCGGACACGGCAGAAAAGCCAGUCAAAGAAAUGGAAUCUGGUUUUUGAUGCUUUCUCUUCCUGUACCAGCCCGACCUUCUUCUACCGAAGCUACAUUUGUACUUUUCGGCUGAAAAUACCAUAUGAUGCUGAAGAAGUUUUGAACUAUGGCUCAACUUUCAAAACUGCUAUAAGAAUCUUUUAUACCAUUGAACUUGUUUUGAUGAGUCAUUGAGUUUGAUUUCAAGCCAGAAUUUCAAGGUAUUUGAAGUUUUGUAGUGUUAGUGUGUACGUGCGUAGUGAUUCUGUGUGUGAAGAGAAUAUUUUUGUAAUUCAUCAGAACCUAUUUCUGGAAGUGUGAAGGCUGGUUUUGGUUCACUGACCCAGGAUUCUUCAAUAACUCUUACGGUCCAUCCAAUGCAGGCACACUCGUGGGUGUUUAUGCUGGAAAACGUGGUAGCUCUUAUGACUGAUUUGGUUUUCAAAGUUUCUCGUGCUGUUUUACGCUCUUUUACAAUUUUGUAUCAUGA